CUCAGAGAACAUACACCUUGAAAGCUGCGCGAGCAGCUCGUUGGCAAAGACGGUGCUGCUUUGCCUUUGUUCUUCCUGUAGUCUGCCAUGGCAGCUCGCGUUGAAACGAGUAUGGGGUCGCUUAGGCUCACGUUGCACUACUCCAAAACGCCUUUGACAAGCAGAAACUUUCUUGAGCUGGCAAAGUCAGGGUACUACGAUGGAUGCAUCGUCCAUCGGGUUGUGCCCGGAUUCAUGAUGCAAACAGGCGAUCCUGAUCCGACUAGCUCAAAUGGGAGCGGGGGCGAGUCGAUCUAUGGCCCCACUUUUCAGGAUGAGAUAGUUGCCAGCCUCUCGCACGACAGAACAGGGGUCGUCUCCAUGGCCAAUGCUGGAUUUAACACAAACUCAUCCCAAUUUUUCAUCACCUUCCAGGCCUGUGAGCACCUGGAUGGAAAGCACACAAUCUUCGGCCAAGUGGAGGAUUCCGACCUUGCAACACUUCGCGAAAUGGAAUGUGUGAAGGUUGGCAAGGGGGACAGGCUGGUCUUGGCGAUUCUCUCCAUGAUUAAAUCGACACCCAAAUGGCUUUGCUUGAGGCCGACAAAGCCGAUCAAGAUCUUCGGCAUUCAUGUGGAAGAAGAUCCCUGGGCAGGGCACCCACUUCCUCCAGGGGCAUGUAUUCCAGACAAGCCGCUCGUGACUGAGGACAAAAAUUGCUGCGUCCAGUGAUUUGCUUCACGGGUGCUUGACCGUUUAGCUGAACUAGCCCGAUUUCACUGUCGCAAAAUGCGUGCACACACCAAGCCAAUACAGCCCUUCACACUAGAACGAAGAAAGGCUGUGUGGCAAUAGCAGUGCUUAAAAUAGCACGAUAGAAGAGCUGACGUGGCUAUAUGCUAAUUUUGUUUCGGUGA